AUGACUCAAAGGGAGACGUUUGAUAUGGAGGUCAUCAAGGCCGAAAUGGGAGAGCAGACCUUCAAUAAAGUUAUGAGCGGGCUAAAAGGCCAGCCACAAGGCGCGGCUACCACAGUCUACGCGGCGCUGAGCAAAACCUGGGAGGGCAGAGGGGGCAGAUACCUGACCAAUUGUACGGAGGCAGACCCGGCGCCUGCGGGAUACACCCGUGGUUCAAUGGAUCCGGGGUACGCUCCAUAG